AUGCUAAGCAAGCUUGCCGUCCACGCUCAGUCCGGCUGGAGUGCUGUCAGGCACGCCAGUACAUCGACUAUUCGUGGUUACAAGGCAAGCUCUCUUUUUCGCUGCGGUAAAACGUUCAGCUCGCUUCCUGUUGGCGCUGGCGGUGCCGGCCUUAGAGCCGCCUCCGGUCUUGUUGCUCACGGCCUCAAAACUGCCUGCAUCUCCAAAGUCUUCCCAACUCGCUCCCACACUGUGGCUGCCCAAGGCGGUAUAAAUGCUGCUCUCGGCAACAUGACCGAGGACGACUGGCGCUGGCAUGCCUACGACACUGUGAAGGGCUCCGACUGGCUCGGGGACCAAGAUGCUAUCGAACACAUGUGCCGCCUCGCCCCUCAAGUCGUCCUCGAGCUCGAGAGCUAUGGCCUGCCCUUCUCUAGAACCAAGGAGGGUAAGAUCUACCAGAGAGCAUUUGGUGGGCAGAGUCUCAAGUUCGGCAAGGGUGGGCAGGCCUAUAGGUGUGCUGCAGCUGCGGAUCGUACCGGCCACGCCAUUCUGCACACUUUAUACGGUAUGUCUCUCAAGUACGAUUGUCUCUUUUUCAUAGAGUAUUUUGCUCUGGACCUCAUCAUGGACCAAGACGGCUCCUGUAAGGGGGUUAUCGCAAUGAGCAUGGAGGACGGGUCGAUCCAUCGCUUCGGCGCCCACCAGACUGUUAUUGCUACCGGCGGUUACGGCAGGGCCUACCAGAGCUGCACAAGUGCUCAUACCUGUACUGGCGACGGAGGCGGCAUGGUCUCUCGAGCCGGUCUGCCGCUUCAAGACCUCGAGUUCGUACAGUUCCAUCCCACUGGUAUAUUCCCAGCUGGCUGUCUUAUGACUGAGGGGUGCCGUGGAGAGGGUGGAAUCCUGAGAAACAGUGAAGGUGAGCCGUUCAUGGCUAGGUAUGCUCCUACUGCUAAGGACCUGGCCUCGCGAGAUGUGGUCUCUAGGGCCAUGACACUUGAGAUACGCGAGGGGCGAGGGGUUGGCCCCAACAAGGACCACAUUUAUCUGCAUCUGGACCAUCUACCUGCCGAGACUCUCAGAGAGAGGCUGCCUGGUAUCUCAGAGACGGCUAAGAUCUUUGCUGGAGUUGAUGUGACUAAGGAGCCUAUUCCGGUCCUGCCUACAGUGCACUAUAAUAUGGGAGGAAUUCCUACAAAUUGGAAGGCCCAGUGCCUUAAUCCCACCUCGUCUGACCCCAACAAGAUCGUCCCUGGUCUGCUGGCUGCUGGUGAGGCUGGCUCUGCCUCCGUCCAUGGUGCCAAUAGGUUGGGGGCCAACUCUCUGCUGGACUUGGUCGUAUUCGGUCGUACUGCUGCCGAUACUGUGGCCGAAAUCGUGAAGCCAAACUCACCGCCCGUCACUCUGCCUAAGGACGCCGGUGAGGCUACCAUUGACAGGUUCGAUAAGAUACGUCACGCCAAAGGCCCGGUGUCAACUGCUGAUCUCCGAAGCAAGCUUCAGAGGACCAUGCAGACGCGUGCUCCUGUAUACAGAAAUGGAGAUGACCUGAAAAAGGGGUGUGAGGAGGUACGUGAAAUUAUGAAGGAAUACAAGGACGUCGGCAUCAAGGACCGCACCUUAGUCUGGAAUACAGAUCUUAUCGAGACCCUCGAGCUGGAGAACCUUAUCACACAAGCAGCCCAAACGAUUGUAUCGGGUGAGGCCAGGAAGGAAUCCCGUGGAGCACAUGCCCGAGAGGACUUCACUGAGAGGGAUGACAAGAAGUGGAUGAAGCAUUCCCUGUCAUAUCAGACUAAGCCUCAUGUUGAGGAGUCGGAUAUCGUAUUGAAGUAUAGGCCAGUGGUGGAUCAGCCUCUAGACAGCGAGAUGCAUCAUGUACCUCCAGCCAAGCGAGUCUAUUAACAUGGUUGAUGAUGUGAAGGAGUAGUAGUACAUUGCUGGGCAUUAUAAUAGCCUAGCAUCCUCAUGGUACUCAUGAAGGUUGUUCAUAUGAGCACUCG